AAGUGAGUUCGAGUAUGGCUGCAAAAAGUUGUAUAGUCUGUGGAGACACCGAGUUCGAAGUGAAGAAAUUAUUUUGUUUUCCAUCAAAUCCAGGAAGAUGUGAAUCGUGGAUGAAAAUUCUAGGUUUCAAAAACACCCAAUUUAAAAAACACCAUCGAAUUUGUGAUAAGCAUUUCAGCAACGAAGCUUACAUGGACUUGAGGUUAUUAAAACUGAAGAGAGAUGCUAUUCCUAUAGCAUGGGUAAUUCCUUCAUUUCCAGUUCUAGCAAAAGAGGGAGACACUAUGCCUUCUGUAAUUGAAGACGUAUUUCCAGUUGAAUCUAGUUCUUCAACAUUAUCUUCAUCAGUUCUAGCUAAAGAGGGAAACACUAUACCUUCUUUGAAUGAAAAGGAAUUUGCAUCUAGGACUUCAACAAUUCCUUCAUCAGAAAGAUGA